AUGGCUCAGGGUGCGGUAAACGGUGUCAACGGGGUCAAGUCUGCCCUGCCGCUGGUGCAGCAACUCUCCAAAGACCAUGAUCUGGUGCUGCGGACCUUUCGCAUGCUCAUAGCCGAUCUGUGCCAGCAGUUUGGCGGUGGUCACCCUGGCGGUGCCAUCGGCAUGGCCGCCAUUGGCGUCGCGCUCUGGCGCUAUGUGAUGCGCUAUGCGCCUCACACCCCCGACUACUUCAAUCGCGACCGCUUCGUCCUCUCCAACGGCCAUACCUGUCUGUUCCAGUACACAUUCCUGCAUCUGACCGGCUACAAGGCCAUGACCUUCGACCAGCUGAAGUCCUACCACUCCGACCGCGUCGACGCCCUCUGUCCCGGCCACCCGGAGAUCGAGCAUGAGGGCAUCGAAGUCACCACCGGCCCUCUCGGCCAGGGCAUCGCCAACGCCGUCGGACUCGCCAUGGCGACCAAGAACCUGCAGGCCAAGUUCAAUCAGCCCGGCUACGACGUCGUCUCCAAUCAUACGUGGUGCAUGAUCGGAGACGCGUGUCUGCAGGAGGGUGUGGGCUUGGAAGCUAUCUCGUUCGCCGGGCAUCUCAAGCUGAACAACCUGACGGUCAUCUACGACAACAACCAGAUCACCUGCGACGGCUCGGUUGACCUGACCAACACCGAGGACAUCAACGCGAAAAUGCGCGCCUGCGGCUGGGACGUCAUCGACGUCGAGAACGGCUGCUACGACGUCGAGGGACUCGUCAAGGCCCUCGAGACGGCCCGCGCCGCCACCGACAAGCCCACCUUUAUCAACGUCCGCACCGUCAUCGGUCUGGGAAGCAACGUGGCCGGCCAGGCCGCCGCCCACGGAGCGGCGUUUGGCGCCGCCAACGUCGCGCAGAUGAAGAAGGAGAACGGGUUCAACCCGGACGAGCAUUUCGUCAUCGGCGACACCGUGCGCCAGUUCUUUGCGGACCUUCCCGCGCGCGGAGAGGCUCUCGUGCGAGAGUGGAACGAACUCGUCAAGAACUACACCGUGAAGUACCCCGAGCUGGGCGCGCAGUUCCAGCAGCGCGUGCGCGGUGAACUGCCGUCCAACUGGAAGGACCUCAUUCCAACCAGCUUUCCCGAUAAGCCCACUGCGUCUCGCGCGUCGUCUGGGCUCGUCUUCAACCCGCUGGCCAAGGACAUUGACUCGUUCAUGGUCGGCACCGCCGACCUGUCGCCGUCGGUCAACAUGAUCUGGCCGGGCAAGGUUGACUUCCAGCAUCCGGAUCUCCGCACCACCUGCGGCAUCAACGGCAACUACGCCGGCCGCUACAUCCACUUCGGCGUCCGCGAACACGCCAUGGCCGCCAUCUCGAACGGCCUCGCCGCCUACGCCCCUAACACCUUCAUCCCCGUCACCUCCUCCUUCUUCAUGUUCUACCUGUACGCCGCGCCGGCCGUGCGCAUGGGCGCGCUCCAGCACCUGCAGGUCAUCCACGCGGCGACGCACGAUUCGAUCGGCAUGGGCGAGGACGGCCCGACGCACCAGCCCAUCGAGCUGGCGGCGCUGUACCGCGCCAUGCCUAACUUGCUGUACAUCCGGCCGGGCGACAGCGAAGAGACGGCGGGCGCGUGGAUCGCCGCACUGGAGGCGAAGCGCUCGUCGAGCAUCAUCUCGACGUCGCGGCAUGCGCUGCCGCAGCUGAAGCAGACGCGGCGGGAAGGUGUCGCCCGGGGUGCGUAUGUGCUUGAAGAGGCAGAGAAUGCGGCCGUCACGCUGAUCGGUGUUGGGGCGGAGCUGUCGUUUGCGCUGGAGGUUGCGGCGCGGCUUAAGGAGCAGGGGGUUGUGGCGCGGGUGGUCAGCUUCCCCUGUCAGCGGUUGUUUGAGCAGCAGUCGCUCGAGUAUAAGCGUGGGGUGUUGCAGCGGAACCGGGGGAUCCCUGCCGUCGUGAUUGAGCCGUAUGCGCCGAAUGGAUGGGAGCGGUACGCCGAUGCGGGCAUCAAUGUCCGGCGGUUCGGACACUCGUUGCCAGGCAAGGCGGCGUACAAGUUCUUUGGGUAUGAGAUUGGGACGAUGGCGGACAAGGUGGCGCGGUAUCUGCAGCGUCUGGGAGAGGAUGAGGUGUUGCGGGGGGAGUUUGUGGACCUGCAGUGA